AUGAGGAAACCGAAUAGUAAUAAAGUUUGUUCAUUUGUGGAUUUGGUGACCGACGUGAUGGUUAAUGGUGCUAGUGCCAUAAUGAAUGUUGAGUACAAAUUGGAAGCAGUUUUGCUCAAUCUUGAUGAUGAUGAGGAGAGUGAUGGCUAUGUGGAAUUUGUGAAUGCAUUACAAGGUAUAGUCCACUUUGGAGGUUCUACAAAGGAGGAAAAGGACAAUCAGUUGAACUUUGGCAGAUAUCCGGGGCUGACCGAUAAGGAGCUAUUUGCUAUUGGUUUUGCCAUGGAGAAGUUCCAGCCGUAUUUGAUGGGUGCUAAGGUGAUUGUUCACAUCGACCAUGCGGCGCUUCGGUAUUUGAUGAACAAGAAAGAUUCUAAGGCAAGGUUGAUGUGGCGGGUGCUUCUUUUGUAA